AAUCGAUGGCCAACACAUUUCUGAUCCUUAGGUCUCGAUUGCGCCUUUCAUCUCGAAUUUCCCUUGAGAGAAUCCGAAUACGCAGCCAAGAGGAUACGUAAGGCGAUACACACGAGACGCGUAACAUCCGUUGAACGAUGUCGUUCGUUCGUAUUUGGAGACCGUCCGAUUUACGGUGCCUAACUUCCCGAUAUUUCCGACGAAAGCUCGACAUGUUCGAGAGAUCGAAAGGCUGCGAUUCGCGAACCAUGCCAGAAACGGAUCCGUGCUCCUCGCCGAUGGAUGAUGAUCCUUACUGCGAGCCUCCCUGCCCACCGUGCCCUCCGCCGUGGAGACCAUCGUGUCGUCCUCCUCGCUCCCGGGCAUCACCUUUUUACACGCACGCCGAUCCACGUAAGCUCUUGUUUUGGCGUAUGCUAACCCUAUGCGUUGCAUUACCACUCGUCGUGAUUAUGUCAGCGUUUACUUAUGCACGGCAGCAAGAAAAAGCGAAGCAGCCGAGGGAACCGUUCGAGGAUCUCCCGUACAUGUAUCGUCGGACUAAGGUUCUGCCAUUUCCUUGGGGCGAUGGCAAUCACUCGUUCUUCCAUAAUCCCGUGAAAAACCCAAUACCGCCGCAUGGUUAUGAAGUCGAAGAUCCGAAUGCAAUACCCAAGAAGGCGGGCAAUUAGUAGAAGCGUGGGAAUAACUUGGUCCUGCUAGUGGCAGCUGAAAAUAGCGGUGAGACGAAUAUGACGGCUGGUCUGCUCGACACGCGGCGGUCGUUUUAAUUUUUAAUCGUUUCUUGUCGCUACAGCGAAAAAGAGAGAGAGAGAG